UGUCGCCGUGAAGUAGAGGAGCUGGAGAGGCAAAUUGUUAUGACCUUUUUCCUCUUCUCAGUUCUCAGCGAAGUAUGCGAAUGGAGGUCCUGAUCCGAGGACCGCUCGUUUAUUCCACCUUGGGAAGAAGAACCCGGGUGACCACCCAGAAGAAAUGGCAAGAAAAGGGGUUGUUCUGGGGUGUCUCCUCAAGGUUAGGGGCCGGCUAGCUCGAUUUAGCUCCGCCAUGCAAGCCGCGGAAAACGCAGAGCUGCGCGCAAACCUUCCCUUAAUUCCUCACCGCAGCCGUCGGCAGCUUGAUUAAUUUCCCUGUCCACCGAUCGUCCGCACGUACGGCUACAAUCCUCGUACCUCUUCUCAGAAAUCAAGCACAGUCCUCGACGUAGAGGCGCACCCAUGGCGGCGACCGUGCGCACAUGGCUGGUGGUGGCGGCGCUGGCGUGCGCGCUAACACUGGCGCUGCGGUCGGCGGACGCGAAGGCGACCGAGGGGCCGUCGCCAUCGUCGUCGCCGGCCCAGAAGCCCAAGUGCACUCCGGGCGCCGCCACGCCGUGCCGCGUGGGCGCGAUGCGCGACCCGGAGAACCAGGAGGAGGAGGGGCUGUUCAAUGUGAAGGUGAGGGGGCCGAGCGGCGCGGGCGACUCCGACAGCGACGACGACUACAGCGACCCCGACCAGCCCAAGGACCCCGACCAGCCGGACGACGACGACCUUGUCGUUCUCGGCCACUGAGCUGAUCGACCGGCCGGUCCGGCAUGGUCGAUCACGUCCGCGUGGCGCCGGUUGGUUUUCUUGGUUUUGUUUCAUGGAUUGGCCCGUGGCGGAUCGACCGGUGCUCGCUGGACAUGCAUGUGUUGUUUACUUCUUCAGUCAUUUUGUUGUUGGUGCUGGUGUUCUUGUUAAGUACUGUAAGUAGGUAGUGCGUGGAUGGAAAACGUGUUCUUCUAAACUAAUAAGACAUGGUUAAUCUAUGAAGGGUUGGG